GUGAAGCCACCAUCACCAUGUCUGACCAGGAAGCAAAACCUUCAGCUAAGGACUUGGGGGAUGAGAAGGAAGGAAAAUACAUUAAACUCCAAGUCAUUGGACAGGAGAGCAGUGAGAUCCACUUCAAAGUGAAAAUGACAACGCAUCUCAAGAGGCUCAAAGAAGCAUACUGUCAAACACAGGGAGUGCCAGUAAAUUCAGUCAGAUUUCUCUUUGCAGGUCAGGGAAUUGCUGGGAAUCACACUCCAAAAGAACUGGGAAUGAAGGAAGAUGUGAUUGAAGUUCAUCAGGAACAAACAGGGGGACAUUCAAUGAUUUAG